UAUUUUGGGAAAUUUUCAUUAAUUAUAUUGCUUUUUUAAUAAAUUAGAAAAUAUUAGAUAACAUUAAAUGAAGCUUGGCUUCUAUGUACUUUUUUUUUGCCACGUAGAUUUGUCCAAAGGGCAGCAUUCAAGCUUCAAAAUUAAAUAAAAUCCAACUGCUUGAGUCUUGCAGCGCACGAAAAAGGCAUUCAAUAAUAUAGAAAGCACCAAAAAAAUUUCUUCACUUUUUAGAUUGAUAUUGGUCCUGAGUCGAAAGACUUCUAAAUCUAAGUCUGUUGAAGAGUCAGGAAUCGAUAUACUUGUUAGAUUGUUAGAUUUUUCUACCAAGAAAGAAUGCGUUCAAGAACCCCACUUCAAGAACUUCUUCUCCAGAGAAGAAACACCCAAGAAGAUCUUGAUAGGUUCAUACCAAAUCGGUCGGCAAUGGACUUUGGGUAUGCUCAUUACAUGUUGACAGAAGGGAGAAAAGGUAUUGGGAAACCCCAUGUUGUCGGUUCUCCGUCAAGAGAAGCUUAUAAGAAGCGGUUAUCUGAGGCCCUGAAUAUGAACCGAACCAGGAUUUUGGCUUUCAAGAACAAGCCACUCACGUUGGAUGGUAAUGGUAUGGUCCACCGUGAAACGGGUUCCCCUCAUCAGUCCAAACCCAUCAAGAAAAAGCGGCAUAUUAGUCAGGCUGCUGACAGGACACUUGAUGCCCCUGAAAUUUUGGAUGAUUUUUACUUGAAUUUACUUGAUUGGGGAUGUAACAAUGUGCUUGCAAUUGCUCUAAAUGACCAAGUAUAUCUGUGGGAUGCUUCAAAUGGUUCCGCCUCAGAACUUGUCACUGUUAACUAUGAAGAUGGUCCUAUUACAAGUGUCAGCUGGGCGCCUGAUGGGCGGCACAUUGCAAUUGGCCUGAACAACUCUCAUGUUCAGCUGUGGGAUUGUCAAGUUAAGAGAAAGCUAAGAACGCUGAGCUGUGGUCAUCAGCAUGAGACACGAGUGGAUGCAUUAGCAUGGAACAAUCACAUUCUUACAUCUGGAGGAAUGGAUGCUAAAAUUAUUAACAAUGAUGUUAGGGUCCGGGAACACUUUGUUGAAUGCUACACGGGACAUCGGUUGGAGGUUUGUGGCCUGAAAUGGUCUUCCUCAGGUCAACAGUUGGCCAGUGGAGGAAAUGACAACUUGCUUUUUAUCUGGGACAGAUCCAUGGCAUCUUCUACUUCUAGAACACAGUGGCUACACAGGCGUGAGGACCACACAGCUGCAGUGAAAGCCCUUGCUUGGUGCCCAUUCCAGGGAAAUUUGUUAGCCUCAGGAGGUGGCAGGAAUGAUCGGUGCAUUCGAUUUUGGAAUACGCAUACAGGUGCUUGCUUGAAUUCAGUUGACACUGGUUCACAGGUCUGCGCUCUUCUGUGGAAUAAGCAUGAGCGCGAACUGCUUAGCACUCAUGGCUUUACAGAUAAUCAGCUCAUUUUAUGGAAAUAUCCAUCCAUGACAAAGAUGGCAGAGCUCUGUGGCCACACAUCCAGAGUGCUCUACACGGCUGAGAGUCCAAAUGGAUAUACUGUGGCCACUGCAGCUGGGGAUGAGACUCUGCGGUUGUGGAAUGUGUUUGGGACUCCUGAAGUGGCUAAGCAUGUGUCGAAAGUGAAACCUGAGCCGUUUGCACAUAUAUCUCGUAUUCGUUGAGAAUUUGGAAAUAAUAGAAGAGGUUUCAUCCAGAGGCGGAUUUACAAUUGCUGCUGUUGUAAAUCGUAAAUUCUUUUUAGUAUUAUUAUGUAAUUAAUAU